AUGGAAGGAUGGACGUCCCCUCUGCAGGGUGGCCAAGGAGCAGCCUCAUCCGCCGCAGCGGAGCUCAGUUCGAGCCUCCAGGAGGACAUACGCACGUACCGGCUCUGGCUGAGGCGGCGGGAGGAGGAGACCGCUCGGCAGCAGACGCGGCUGAGCGCGGAGAUGGCGGCGGCCGAAACGGCGGCGCGGGCGGCGCUGGGACGUCUGGCCAGUUUGGAGUCCCAGAUGGGUUUGCUGGCGCGAGGUGUUGAGGCGCUGGCGGGCCGAGUGGAGGCGGUUUCGGAGGAUAUGGCGGUGCUGCGAGGAGGCGACGGAAACCCGGCACGACGCUGCAGGAGGACGAGCUCUGGGGCUCUGGAAACGGAGCUUCAGGAAUUUAAUGUUCCGGCGGCGGCGGUGGCCGCAGCACAGAAGCACAACUUCUGGCCGCCCGUGCUUUAA